AUGGUUCUACCAACCAAAAAUUCUUCAGAAGAAUGUUUACUAAUUCCAUCAGCUUCACUCAUAUUAACACCUUCCUCGUUCAAAAAGAAAUCAAAAAAAUCAAAAUUGUUUUCAUCUCUUUCAACAAAUUCGAUAGAAAAAUCAUCAUCGUUGCCGUUGUCGCCGCCGCCAUCAUCUCCAUCAUCAGAAGUUAGUGACAUGUAUCAAUAUGUCGACAAUAGGAAAUAUUUUAAAACCGACGAUGAAAACCAAAACAUCAGAUACGUAUUUCCUCUAGACAAUGAUGAAAUUGACAGGUUACAAACACAACAUUUUAUUCAGAAACAUGUUUGGGGCGGAAACUUUUCUGCGCCAAUCGAAUCAAUUCUAUCAAAUGAAAAUUCAAAAAUACUUGAUGUCGGCUGUGGAACAGGCGUUUGGACACUUGAUAUGGCAUCGGAAUUCACAAAGCCAAAAUUCUUUGGUGUUGACAUUGAACCACUUUAUCCGGCCGAAAUUAAACCGGAAAAUGUUCAAUUCGUCAAUGCCAAUGUUUUAACCGGUUUGCCAUUUGAAGAUAAUACAUUUGAUUUUGUUUAUAUGCGAUUCAUGCUAUUUGCCUUUACUAUUGCUGAUUGGGAAAGAGCUGUUUCUGAAUUGAUCAGAGUUACAAAAGUUGGUGGAUUCAUAGAAAUAAUGGAAAAUGAUAUUCAGUGGUAUAACGAAAAUCCAUUUUGUAAUUCCGUUAGAACAACAAUUGUUGAAGGAUUAAAAAAUCAAAGAAACAUGGAAUUAAUAAUUUCACCAAUACUACCAAAGAUUCUUGCUAAAAGUAUGGUUGCUGUUGGAGAUACAAAUUUUGUUAAUAAUACGUCGUCGUCAGCAGCAGCUGCUAAAAAUUUGAAAAAAGCAAUGUCGGAAAUUGGAUUUAAAGAAUCGGAGUGGAAUGCAACUGUAGACACUUGUCUUAAACAAUUAGAAGAUUCUAAAGCGUUUGAUAAAAUACAUAGAUUUUGGGUCAUGAAACAAUAA